UGGCUACAAGGGCGCGCCCAUAAGCCGCCCGCCGGUAUAUAGUGGUCGAAGAAACCACACCGCUACCCAUUCCAGGAAAGCUUCCGAGGCAGCGUGGGCAGCGUUUCGCCAUCCACUUUGUACCCGGGCACUGCGUUUCUAGCCGUGCGGUCCGCUAUGUCUGGCCGGGCACCAGCAGGCAAGGCGUCCAAGACUACGAAGGGGAAGUCUCGAUCGUCGCGGGCUGGACUUCAGUUCCCGGUGGGUCGCAUCCACCGCCUGAUGAGCAAAGGCAACUACGCAGAUCGCAUAGGCGCCGGCGCCCCGGUCUACAUGGCAGCAGUGUUGGAGUACUUGACGGCUGAAGUGCUCGAGCUGGCUGGUAACGCGGCUCGCGACAAUCACAAGACACGCAUCACGCCCCGCCAUUUGCAGCUGGCCGUUCGUAACGACGAGGAGCUUAGCAAGUUGCUGUCAGGCGUCACUAUAUCUGAGGGCGGCGUGUUGCCGAACAUUCCACAGGAGCUUCUCCCGAAGAAGUCCGGCGGAAGUCAGCUGCAGCAGCAUGGCCACAAAGGGGCCGAUGCGGGCGGUGGAAGCCAGACUUACUGACGGGUCUCGUCACACUCGCCGUCGAACGGUACCGUCAAUCGGAAUAAAUUAGUUAUGCUACAA